GAUGUGAACUCGAUGGACCACUAACACAAGAACUAAUGAAUACUCUAGAGGAUAACUGCACUAUAAUUUUUGGUAAUGUUGUUCUCCCGCGGUUGGACCCUCCUCCUUAUGAGACUCUGAUGCGGAAGUUUGGCACUGUUACCCGUAUUGUUGGAGAAAUAUCCGUAAUCGACACGCAGUUCGUUAAUCUAAGCUUUUUCGGCAACGUAAGAGACAUAGCAGUUGAGUACGACUUGCAAG